AUGCUAUGCCCACCGUCCUUCACCACCUGCGUCCAGUGGCUCUGGGCGCACGGCUCCUAUCUCGCCAGACGGCGCGUCCUCGCCCGAAUUCUCUCGACAUUUAUCUGCGCCCUACUCAUCGUAAUCCGGCCGUUUUCGCAUUUAGGCGGCUCGUCCGCCUUCUUGGUACUCACCCUCAAGGAACUCGUCUUUUCCGUAAACGAGACGCUUCCGCAACAGCUCGAGGCCACGUUUCUCAACCUCGCCGGCGCCUUUAUUGGGAUCGGCAUUUCGACGCUCGCACGAUACCUCUCCGCCCUACGACCUGACGACUCUGCUUCUGCCCGUGCUAUCCCUGCUAUCUUCCUCGUGCUAUUGGCCUUCUUCGCCGGCCUCGCCAAAAGUGCUCUGCCACGCUUGCUCGCUUCAGCCCGCAUAUCAUGCUUCCUCGCCGUCUUCAUCCUAUCCACCAAUCCCGGCCUCUCAUCCCGCACGCUCGAUCUGCCCAAAGAAUUCGUCUGGAUCGCGCUCACGCCCGCCGUCGUCUGCCUAUUCAGUAGCUUUGUAUUCCUCCCCUGGUUCCGCGCCCCCUUCGCCGAUGACGUCGCGGGCGCGUUCCAGCUUCUCCAUUCCGCAUUGGAACACCGUAUGGCAGAGGCAUCAAUCGACUUCAGGGUCGUCGACCCGAAUGAAGAAAAGAAGACACCCACAAAAGUCGACCUCCCGCAAAUGGCCGCCAUACGUCGAACGAGCCCCUCUUCCCAAGCCCUCCUGCAAAAGUCCAUACAACUGAAUGCAUCAUACGCGCAAGCGAACUUUGAGCUCAGAAUAGGGAGACUGAACGUCAAGAGGCUGAAACCGCUCAUAGCGAGCGUGGAAUAUCUGCGCCGCGAGCUCACAUGGGGAAAAUCGACGUACAAGCACCGCCACCAUUCCGAAACGAUCGCGACCCUGCAGCCGGCGGCAUUGCAGCUGAGCAGGGUCGUGCUCGAGGCGCUUGAUGUCGUCCAGAACUCUAUCAAGGCGACGUAUAAGUAUCGGCUGUUCGGUCAUCCGACGUUCGAGGAUGAGGUUAGGAGCGUGCAUGCGCUUAGAACGAGGUUGUUGGAGGCGAGGGAUUAUGCGAGGGAGCAGUUGAAGGCGACUUCGAGCGUAUCGCGGCAUGGGCUGUCGCAGGAGCGCUCGGAUUACUGUCUUUUCCUGAUCUCGCUGCUUCAGAUGGCCCAUGAAUGCCGACAAGCCCUCGAAAUCGUCCGUGACCUCCUCACAACCUACAACAAGACCCCAACCCGUCUCUGGACACCCCAUCUCUCCCGCGGCUGGCUCGGCGUAAGCCCACACCAAGUCGUACCCGAAGAACGGCCCGACAUCCCCGACGACCCCAUCCCUCUCGCUCCAGUACGCCGCCUGAGCGUCACAGAAGCCCAAGCUGGAAUUCUCGAGCACCGCGCCUCCUCCGCCAGUACCGCCGACGGCCUGUUCGAUCCUCGCGCCACGUUCCGCGCACGAUACGCCCACCGACUGCGGAGCGGGUAUCGUAGCUGGUGGCCUCCGCACAAACUAUGGCAGUCUGACCUCGUGCUGAACCUUCGCCUUCGCAUCGCGCCCUUCAUACGCAGCGUCUUACACUCCAAACACCUGCAACACGCGUUCAAGAACGCGUUGGGCGUCGGCUUGCUCAGUAUUCCCGCCUUCUAUCCCAUCAGCAGUCCGGCGAGGAUGGCGUGGGAGGAGAUUAGAGGGCAGUGGAUGGUCAUCACGUAUGUCUGGGUGCUGGAGACGAAUACGGGUGCAACAUGGAGGGUUGGGUAUCUUCGUCUAUCCGGAACCAUCAUCGGCGCUACUUAUGCUUUCAUCACAUGGCUCAUCUGUCGCACUAAUCCGUUCGGUCUUGUUGCUCUCAUCACUUUCGCGGAUGUACCCAUUAGCUAUAUCGUCACUCGCACUUCUUUCGCUUCCCUCGGUGUUGUCUCGUCUAUCACGCUACCACCCAUCGCUUUCGCGCAAUUCAUGACUCCAGAUCUGACUACCCCUGUUAUAAUACUUGCCUCAUACCGAGCUGCUAUGAUCGCCGCCGGCAUCGUCGCCGCUCUCGCCGUCAACAUGUUCUUAUGGCCGCGUCACUGCCGUGUCCUCUUCCUUGAGAGCACCAGCCAGACCCUCGGUCUCCUGAGCCAGUUAUACCUCAUGCUAGGACGUGACCUCUUCCUACGUAGCUUGUCCUAUCACCCGCGUGACCACCGCAAGCUUGUCAAGCUCGAACUACACAUCCGCAACUCCCUCUCCCGUCUGUCAGCCCUGAUCGUUACCAUGGACGACGAGCUCAGUCUCAUGCCCAAACCGAUGAGCAAAUACCGCCAAACAGUCGAGAACCUCCAAGCCGUACUCGACAUCAUGACCGGCAUCCGCAAAAUCCGCGAAAACAUCCCAAUCCGCGAAACCGUCGCCCCAGUCCUGGCCGAACGCCGCGAAUUCGUCUCGACGAUCUGUCUCUUCCUCUACGCCAUCGAGCACGCCUUCCGCGCGCGCCAGCCCCUCCCCCAAUUCCUCCCAUCGUGCCGCGCGGCUCUUCUGAAACUGCUCACGCAUAUCGAGGCGGCGAUAUGUCAGGGCCAGUCGCCGGGGAGUCCGACGAGCGCGAAUCCGAGCUCGGAUCUGAGUUUGGUUUAUACGCUCGCGGAGAGCGAGGUGUUGAAGGAUCUUGUGGAUGCUGUCGAGGGUCUGCUGGGGACGUGUAGGGUGCUGUUCGGCACUGCUACGUGGUUGAAGGACGAUCGGUAUAAGUUCGCGUUGGCGGGCGGGUAUGAGGAUCUUAGCGAGACGCCUAGCGCUGCUACCAGCAUGCUCCAUGUGGAUCAUAGCCAUCAUGGGUGGUACAGCAACUGA